UUCCGCCGCAGUUGGCAAGCCCUCAGAUGCGAGGAGGCUGUCGCUGGGAAAGACAGAGAUCGGUAAUAACGGGCGUCUGCAGCACGCAUACCAGCUAAGGCACUUAUUACCGCUGACCCGCGACGGGGGUGAUUUUCUUUUAAAGCCGGGGACAUAGGUUUACACUGGGUGUACAAGAUUUAUUACGCCUAAUGUGAGAAAAGUGGAAAAGAAUUACGUUAUUGGAACCUCAAACAAAAGCGAUGGGAGCCUUUGGAGUACUAAUAGGGAUUUUACAUUACACGGGACUCUACAUCCAACUUAGUGCCUCUUCCAGACAAGGUGGACAUGCCGAGGUAGAGAACCACAUCUCUGGAAACGGUACGUUUGGCGCAGCCAGACGCAGGCUGUUUACUCUUGAAGCGCUCUUCACCGAAGUUCCCCAUGACAUCACCACGAAGAGCGGACGGGACGUGGAGAUGGCGUGCUCUUUCAGGGGUGCCGGCUCGCCCUCCUACUCCCUGGAGAUCCAGUGGUGGUACUUCAAGAGCCACAAAGACUGGACGGACAAGCAGGCCUGGACGACCAAUCAGGUUGUUCCCCAGGAGGAUUUGGCAAAGGAUGCAACCAAAAUAAGUGUGGUGAAGGUGGCGGGGAGCAACAUCUCUCACAAGCUGCGGCUGUCCAACGUGAAGCCGUCGGACGAGGGCACUUACGAAUGCCGCGUCAUCGACUUCAGCGACAGCAAGGCCCGCCACCACCGGGUCCACGCCUUCCUGCGGGUGGAGCCGGAGCAGAACUCCGCCCCCCACCACCCAGGUGCCGCCCCCCACCCCCAGGACAACCAGGCUGAUCACCCCAAGCACCCCUCCUCCGCUCACAACCACCACAAAGGGGGGAGGGAACUGAAGAAGCGGUCUGCAGACCCCCCCAAUGACUGCACUGACAGCUGUGUGCUGUAGAUCACUUCCUGCAUAAGCCCCUCCCCCCCCCCAUCCUUUCUUCCCCAGACCCUGCCCCUCCUCCCAACAGCCCUAGAAGGUAGCGAUGGAAGAGUGGGUCAUCGCAAGUGCCACAAAAUGGGAGGAGCCGUCACAUGCUAUCAGUGACUCCCAGGUGCAGGCCAAUCAGUGUUUUGAUAUGGAGAGCGGUGUUUUUUAUCGGCUCGUUAUUUGUCGGUGAUUGAUGGCACGUGGUAAGUCUCCCCAUUCUGAGGUUCUUGCGGUGACUCGCUCCUCCAGUGCUGCAAGAGAGCCAGGGCCCUGUGUAUAUUGUAUACAAAAAAGAAGAAGAAGAAAAAAAAAAAAACAGGUUUGCAUGUGAAAUAUGUUUAUUAGAAUGACAUUUAUUCUUGGGAGAGGCAGGCCAAAGUGAUAUUCUUUUAUCCAGUUCUGUUUUUUGAGGAAAUUUCAGUUGUCUCUGUAGUCCAUUUUAAUUUUCAAACUGCUCAGUUAGGAGGACAGAACAGCUGUAUUCCAAGAUUAGCUCAGUAUCAGUAUCUUUUGCUACUCAGAAUCGACCUUCUCAUCUUUUGAUUUAGUAAAUGUCUCUAUCACCAGUGUGAAGCCCGACGGAAGCAAAACGCUAAAAGAAAUUCUGCACAGUACGUUUAAAAAAAGGGUGUCCAUGUCUGUGGAGAAGUUGCUUUCAAGUGCCACCUUUUUUUAUCAGUCCUGGACCCAAAACAAUCGUAUGUGACAAAAAGCAACUGUAAAUUCAUGUUUUAUGCUUUGGAUAGAAACUUCUUUGAGCUUUGUGACAGGUAAAUUUGAAGGAUCAGUUUCCGUUCAUAUAUUUUUGCUUUGUUUUGUAAGAGAUCAAGGUAAAAAAAAAGUUGUACAUUUUUAAACUUCUAGGAUGUUGGUCUCGACAUAAAUGUAUGCUUUUAUCACAUUAAAUGAACCGUACAUGA